CCUGUCAAGCUAAUUAUUGAUUUAAUCGCUUGGAUCCCACUGCUUGGCCUAGGGUCCAUGUAUCUAAUUCAGUCUGUCUUAACAGGCUUACACAGACAUCAAUAAGAUGUCCUCUAUUUACUGUUGCAGCAAGCUAGUGCAGUAACCACAGCUUCCUCUGUCUCAACGGAAGACAGUAGACGCGGCAGGUGCAUGCAAAAGAGCAACAGUACGAAGAUAAGCCUCGACAUGUCUGCUUAAAGUGAAAUGGGAGCUAAGUUCGAGCUGGAGAGCUGAAGGACUCCUGGGGUCAAAACGACAAGAAAGCCAGGACAGGGGCCAAAGGAGCCAUCACUUCCAAAAAACAAAGCAGAGAUAUCAACGAUUUGGACAGACAUUAUUUUUUUUUUCAUGGAAAGGAAUAUAAUGUGAGGACUGUAAUUGUGCCACCGUUUUUACAUUUUUUUUUACACAGUCAUAAUUGAAGCAUUGUAGACGGACGUCUUCCAGAGUGCUGGAUAUCAAGUUCACUCUUCCGCUCCGUUUUUGGGCUCUGGCAUUUGACAGGAGGUCAUUAACUUUGUUUACUCUCAGACAAUGGACUUGUCCUCGGUUCCAGCUUCAGCGAGCGAGCACAACGCGCAGAGGACAGGGGCGCACUUCACUAUCCGCUCAGCAAACUCUCCCUCAUACUGUCUCACGCGUAGGCUGGGUGUUAGGAGGACUGCUGAAGACAGACAUGAGACACCAGCUGGCAUAAAUGGCACGAAAAAGGAGGUGGACGCAGUCACUGGAUAUCAAGCCAGGACUCAAAAUCACAGCGGUGCAAAAAGUCAAUGUGAGGAGAAAGAGGGAGGCUCUAAAAUUCCUACCAGCCUGCAUCAGAAUGGCCGAGCGGACAAAACGGCCCCCGAGUAUGGCACCGAUAGAAGUGAAAAGCCUGUGUUUGAAAGCCGAGGGAGGACAGAGUGGAGGAGAUCCGGCUUGCCAAGUAGAAGUAAAAGUUUAGAUUGGAGAACGGGAGCAAGAAGCCCUGAUCGGGGUACCAGAGCUGACCAAAUAAUAACCAAAAGAGGACGAGACAUCGAUAAACAGGCUGGAGGUUCGGUGGACAGGAGGACAGGAGUGACGGACAGGGUGUUGUCGUCAAUACAGGCCUAUGAAUCUGCUACUGCAAGUAAAGCUCAAGACAGGAGCUCAGUGAGUCCGACUUUGGACAGGGCCAAAAGAGGUCAGUCUCUCCCUUACAGGUUGAAGUCCCAGUCUGGACCUGGGUCAAAGUUCUCAGAGACAGCACCGUCCUCAAGUCCCACCGGUGGUCAGAGUAUACAGAGUAUACAGGAGCGAAUAGAGAAGCUCUAUGGGCCGUGUGAGAAAACAGCCGGGGCGACCUUCCCAAGGCGAUUUUCUUCAGGGGAGGGCGGUAGUCCAGUGAAGAGCAGGAUGUCAAUCCUCUCGCCACAGAUGGACACCAACACUUCAGGUUCUGAGUCUUUUUUUUCCCCUUUGACAAGUGUCACCAAAGAGAGACCCCCGGGUGGACAGGUCCAGGGCAAGUAUUCAGAAGAAGGUGGAGAUAUAGGUACAAGGUCCCUAGAUAGAGCCAGGAGCAGAGCCACGGCAGCAGCUCAGAUCAGAUCUGCUCGGGCUGCGGGGGGAACUGCAACAACUGCAACCAUUUUGUCAGAAGAGAGAAGAGAAAGAGCUGGGGCGAUUAAAGAGCACAAGGAAGAGAUAGAAGAUAGAACAAAAAGAAAUAGGGAACAGAGGUGUGGCACACCAGAUGACGUGUUUGAGACAAACCCACAGAACAUCACAUCCAGAACAGGGGAGAGGAAGAAGUUUCCCGGGACACUGCCGGGGGUCCCCCCUACAGCCAGCGUGAGAAAUAAGAUCAGUCAGUUUGAGGCUCUGACACAGAAAGCUCAGGGUUCAUCGGCCAUGCUACACAAACGGACGUUUUCUGUGCCAACGCCACUCAGCAGGGGCUACGAUGGAGUAAAGAAGAGCGGGUCGGCAAAAGAACUCGGUGGAGUAAGAGAUAAGUGGGAGGGGCUAAAGGGAGGGCGGCAGGAGUGUGACAAACCUGAAGAGAAAAUGAAGGGAACAGGAAAAAACAUUUGGCCAGAAAGGUCUUUAUCAGUGGACGAGGUUGGACUAAGGUUAGGGAUGAAAGACACGGGGAGUGAUUUGGUAGAGAAAAGCUAUCCUGAUGAUUUAGGUAAAUAUUCAGGACUCAAGAGCACACUAGACCUCCCUCUGAAUGAAGGACACCAAAGACAAAGUAGAAAGUUUUUCGCAGAUGAGCCAGAUUUCUCCAAGUCAUCAAGCCCCGAGAAGGAAGUCAAGAGAGAUUCACUAAUGUCCUGUGAUGCUGGGAAAAGGACACUGUCUGAAAUGAUUUCACCAGUCAGUGAUGAAGACAAGACUCCAACAAACAGUCCUUGCAAUUCGCCCUUUAUUUCUCCUACUGAACGCUCGGAAACUGCCACUCCCACUCAGGAUAGUGACAACAAAAGCACUUCUGUCUCCAUACAAGACGAGGACUCUCCACCUCUCCCUCGCACUCUUGCCGCUUCCCCCCACAGCAACCUCCCAAAAGGGAAGAAACAGUUAUUGGACCUGAAUGCUUGGGUGGCUGGUUUGAACCCAGAAUACAAAAGCUGGAGUGACAAUGGAGAUUGUUUUGAGGAUGAUGACGAAAGCACACAGAAGGAUGAAGAUUCAAACUACGAUUCAGACUCCGGAGAAUCGUCAGUGACCGUCACCAGUAACAUGAGCCAGUCAGAUCGCAGGAGCUUCUGUGUCAGUCUUGCAGACUUGUGCAACUUUGCUGGAGCCGACUACGAAUCAGAGAAUGACAGCGACGAGUUGCCGUCAAUAGGCCGCCGGUCGGCCUCCAUGAGCUCAGAUGUGUCUGUCCUGUCCUACGUGUCUGUGAUGCCAACGGAGGAGCUCGACAAGCUGUUGGAGGACGUCAAGGGUCUGGGGGACGACACCCUGCAGGAUUAUAACGAUGUGCAGGUGGUGGUCCUCCAUAAGGAGGUGGGAGUAGGAGUGGGCUUCAGCGUGGCAGGAGGCGUGGACCAAAACAAGCCUGUGACUGUUCACAAGGUGUUUCCCUUGGGUGUUGCAGCCCAGCAGGGCUCCAUCAGGGAAGGGGACCAGGUUUUAUCAAUCAACGGCACUUCACUGUGUGGAAGCGCCCACUGGGAAGCCCUCAGGGUCCUAAGAAGGACAAAGAGUCGGGACAUGGCAGUGGUGGUCUUGAGAAGGGACGAUGUCAAUGGUGCUUCUAGUAAGGGAGGGAUGGCAAACAAUCAGGAACCAACACAGACUCAGUACGAGACAGGUCAGCGUGUGUGUUUGCAACUGCAGAAGAACAACGGCAAUCUAGGCUUCACCCUACAGGGAGGAGAAGGCUCCAGCCUCGGGGACAGACCACUCACCGUGCAGAAGAUCUUCCAGGGCGGUCCCGUUGACCUGGUACAUCCUGGUGACGAGGUCCUUGAAAUCCAAGGCACAAGCAUGGUGGGGAUGAGACGCCUGGAGGCCUGGAGUUUGAUCAGAAAGCUUCCCCCCGGGCCUGUGGAUGUGGUGCUGCACCGUCCUGUUAAACACCUGGAAACAAGUUUAUGAAGGACUAGUUUUUAUGGACCAGGAACUAAAAGCUAUGAGAGACGGCACUGGCGACUUGAAAUGUAUUACAAGGGUUAUCUGUUCCUGAUGUCAUUCAAUUUAUGUACCUGCAUCAUAACAAGAAGAAGAUUUUACAAAGAAAGCUUGGCAUGACAGUUCAAAGGUAUUUUGACUCUAUUUUUUUCACAGCAUUGCAUCUACCUCAAGCCUGUGAUGUCUCUGUAUCAGCUACAAUUAAAAUGCACUGAUGCCUUACACAUUUAUCAAGCCAAACUGCAUUUGUAACAGAAAAAAUAAUAUGGUCCCUGUAAAUGUGUGUAAAGUACUGUGAAUAGAUGAUAAAUGAGUCUAAAGUUUAUUUUGCUUUUUAAUAAAUUUUAACAUGUU